CCUCAGAAAUGGACCGAACUCUGUAUUUCAUUCUUCUUCUCAUUGCUCUCUGCUCCGUAUCUGAAUGUGUUCAGCGUCAGUAUCACUUUAUAAAUGAGAAGAAGACCUGGACUGAAGCUCAGAGAUACUGCAGAGAGAAUUACACAGAUCUGGCCACCGCUGACAACAUGAACGACACGAACGAGCUGAAGAAGAGUGUGAAUGAUUCAAGUGUUCAGUAUUUCUGGAUUGGGCUGCAGAAGACGGGUCGUGAUGAAUGGCACUGGUCUUCAGGUGAACCUGUGCUCUAUCUGGAUUGGGCUACUGGAAUACCAAAUCUUAGUGAUGAAAAAGAAUGUGUUAUGAUCUCAGGUGGACAUUGGUAUGCUGUGGAAUGUAGCACGCCCCUAACUUUUAUUUGCAAUUCCUCCAAUAACAAACUUGUCUUUGUCAAUCAGGCGAUGAAUUGGAGAGUCGCUCAGAGUUACUGCAGACAGAAUCACAUUGAUCUGGUCAGUGUGAGGAACCAGAACGAGAAUCAACAGGUUGAACAGUUCAUUACUGAUAAUCAUUCAUCUGAAUCAUGGAUCUGGAUCGGUCUGUUCAGAGACUCAUGGCAGUGGUCAGAUCAGAGUGACUCUUCAUUCAGAGACUGGGACACUGGUGAACCUGAUAAUAAUGGAGGAAAUGAAAACUGUACAGCUCUUAAUGCUCAGAGAAAAUGGUUUGACGUCUCUUGCACCAGUCAAUAUCCUUUUGUGUGUUAUGAAGAUCCUGAACUGAUUGUGAUCAGAGAGAAUGUGACGUGGUCUGAAGCUCUGAGAUACUGCAGACAGAAUCAUGUGGAUCUGGUCUCGGUUCAUUCAGAAGAGAUGCAGCGUCGUGUGAUGAACGUGGUUAAACGUGCGUCUACUGCGGAGGUGUGGUUGGGUUUACGUCACUCCUGCACUGUGGGCAUCUGGUUCUGGGUGAGUGGAGAUACCGUGUGCUAUCAGAACUGGGCUCCAGGGAACGGCACAUCAGAGGAGGACUGUGAACACACAGUGAGAUCUGGAGCAGUUCAGUCUGGAGGAGAUCAGCGCUGGAUCAGUCUUCCUGAGACUCACAAACUCAACUUCAUCUGCACAACUUAUGAAGAUUAAAGAACAUGUGAAUGCCUGCAUGUUUACUUCCUUUAUCUUCCUCUUUCCAGGUGUGAAGGUUAAAUUCGUGUACUAUUUUUCUACAGAUAAUGUUAUAUACAUAGUUCAUGCAAUCUUUCAGUAAUAUAUUACUGAGCUGUGAAGUGUAGAUGAUCUGUAUUUCUCCAGGUGGAUGAAUCUGUGUAGGUGGUGUUUGGUUAAGGGCUUAGAGUUAGAACUGCUGUUUUUAAUGUGUUUGCUUUUACAAACUCUUUCAAAAUGUACUUUUGUGUUUUAUUCAGUAACGGCAGAAUUUUGAGACAUUCAUCUGCCAGUUUAAUUUUAUUAGGGGUCCAUAAGCACAUCAUAUUUAUAUCAUUAUA